AUGGAAGCCGUAGAUACAAAUGAAAUAUUCAAACACAAUAUUUUUCCAAGAAAGGUUUUCCUUUGUUCCGGUGGUGGAAGUGGUAUCUUUCGCGGAAUGACAGAAGCUAUGGUUCGCCAUGGCGCAAAGGCUGUAAUCAUCAGUAGAAGCAAGGAUAAGCUAGAAAAACCAGCCAAGGAGAUAAGUGAGAUGACUGGUGGCCAUGUUUUUGCAGUAGCUGCGGACGUUCGCAAUCCUGCAUAG